UGCUGUGCAUGAUACAAAAGGUUCAUCGAAGAGCUUUCCGAAGCAUGAGACACGGCAUGUUUCAGAGCAUAAGAAUGUUGCCAGAUGUGCAAGAUUUAGUCCUGAUGGAAGGUUUCUUGCAACAGGGAGUGCAGACACAUCAAUUAAGCUCUUUGAGAUAUCCAAAAUAAAGCAAAUGAUGCUGCCAGAUGCAAGGGAUGGUCCUGUGCGACCUGUCGUACGGACAUUUUAUGACCAUUUACAACCAAUAAACGAUUUGGAUUUUCAUCCUCAAAAUACUAUACUAAUAACUGGGGCCAAAGAUCACACAAUAAAGUUUUUCGACUUUUCAAAAACAGUAGCAAAAAGAGCAUUCCGAGUUAUCCAGGAUACUCACAAUGUGCGAUCUGUAUCUUUCCAUCCAUCUGGAGAUUUUGUUUUGGCAGGCACUGAUCAUCCUAUUGCACAUUUGUAUGAUGUCAAUACUUUUCAGUGUUACCUAACAGCAAAAGACCAAGAUAUUGGUGUUAAUGGAGUCAUAAAUCAGGUGAGGUAUUCAUCGACUGGUGGCAUGUAUGUGACAGCAUCUAAAGAUGGUGCUAUUCGGAUAUGGGAUGGGGUAACUGCCAAUUGCGUUCGUUCUAUAGUUGGUGCACAUGGUACAACAGAGGCCAUCAGUGCAAAUUUUACAAAGGAUCAAAGGUUUGUUCUCUCCUGUGGAAAGGAUUCUUCUGUGAAGCUCUGGGAAGUUGGCACUGGAAAAUUGGUCAAACAAUAUCAAGGAGCCACACAUACGCAGUUGCGAUGCCAGGCUGUAUUCAAUGAUACAGAAGAGUUCGUACUAUCCAUCGAUGAACCGAGCAAUGAGAUUAUCAUAUGGGAUGCACUAACAACAGAAAAAGUGGCGAGGUGGUCAUCCAACCACGUUGGCGCACCUCGUUGGAUCGAGCACUCACCAACAGAGUCAGCGUUUGUUUCGUGUGGGAACGACAGGUCAGUACGGUUCUGGAAGGAAAUGAUCUAGAUAUAUAUAUAUAUAUGGAUAUGGAAAGUUGGCAUCUCUGUUCAUAAGUUGCACAAUGUGGCACCAAAAUGUGUUUCUGGGUAGGAAGUAGUUUUGUAAAACUAAUAAACCAUGAGAGGAGAGAGACCAAACAAACAUUGGAAAAAUUUGGAGGUACAUUGAAGAUUUUGUAUUCUCUCCUAAUUAUUGUCAAAUUUAAUUAUAGUGAUUUUUUUUUUCACAUUAUCUAUAAUGAAUUUUGGAUGCUCUGAUUGAUUAAA